AGGCUUUGCGCUGUCAAUACGGAAAUGGUUUAGGUCAAUAUCUCUUCCUGAAGUGAUUUUUCUUAACCUGUGUUUUUAUUCCCCCUCGUCUUUAUAAAUGGAGUGUGUGUGUAAACGAGGUACACUAAUAUACGCUUUUGGACCCUGUCAGUGCUCCGGACCUCGCUUUAAAACACGCUAUUUGAACAUAUGCCCGCUGCCAGUUGACGUCGUGUCGACUAAACGCUGAGUGGUUGCCGAUACCCCUCGUCUCCCAGCCGGUCCCCCCCCCCCUGUGAGUACCUCCCCAUCAGGACCCCGGGCAGCCGGGCUGAACGUGGAAGUGAACCCUCCGGGGAACCGUGGAAACACGAAGUGAGAGCAAACGGCGCGGUGAGUAACAGGUAGAGGGAAACCUCACUAAAGAAAAGUCCCAGACGUGUAAUGUCAGGUCCAGUAGUGCGCAGCAGGACGUGGUGUCAGUGUCCAGGCAUCCUUCAACCUGCUCCCUGACCAAUCAAUGCUUCCUGUGCAGCGACUCGCUCGGGUUGGGAUUGUCUGUUUUGAUUCAAGUUCUUCUCCUGGGUUCAGACCACGCGACUCUGCAGGAUGUGGUCCAUCGUGAGCUUCUACACAUGCUACCUGCUGUGCUUGGGCCUGAGCCUGGCCUGCAUGGUGUGCGUGUGUUUGUGGAGCAGCCAGUUCCGGGGCGGCUUCGCCUGGGAUGCGUCAGCGCUGCAGUUCAACUGGCACCCGGUGCUGAUGGUAGCUGGCAUGAUUGUGCUGUACGGCAAUGGAGCCGUCUUGUACCGCGUCCCGCUGACCUGGGGUCAGAACAAACUGCCCUGGAAAGUGUUGCACGCCGCGGUGAUGCUCCUCGCCCUGAUCCUGUCAGUCGUGGGGCUGUGCGCCGUGUUUGACUUCCACAAUGCUCACAACACUCCCAACCUCUACUCCGUGCACAGCUGGGUUGGAAUUGUGGCGAUGGUUCUCUUCGCCAUGCAGUGGGCGGCGGGCGCUGCUGGCUUCCUCCUGCCCUGCUCACCCAGCUCACUCCGUGCUCUCCUGAAACCGGUCCACGUGUGGAUGGGAGGCAGCAUCUUGUGUCUCAGCAUCGCUGCCUGCAUCUCAGGAAUCAACGAGAAACUCUUAUUUGUUUUCAAAAGCGGUACGGGCGCAACGUACGCUGACCUUCCGCCCGAGGCCAUGUUGGCAAAUUUUCUGGGAGUUUUAAUUGUAGCCUUCGGCCUGGUCGUCCUGAAGAUCUUGUCCUACCGCGAAUGGCAGCGACCAGAGUGCAGACCUCCGGACCUGGCUUACACGCCAUUGCUUGAAGAAGAAAAUGAGUGAAGGACAUUUUUUAAAUGCUCAGCCAAAGCCGUCCUUGCAUAAUCAGUUUAACCUUCAUAGAUCACAAUUCACUUCAUCAAUCCAAAAGAUCGACUUUGAAUGUACACGCAGAUGUCUGAGCCCUGUGCAAAUGAUCUAAUAUUAAAUGAUCUAUAAUCUGU